AUGGAUAGACAUUACGAAAAUGUCUCUUUUGGACAAUUUUCACCUGCGCCAGGAAAGGGAAGAAAGGACACCGAAGAGGUCUACGAGGAUAUCCCUGAAAGGAAGUCAUCUCCGCAGAUUUGGGAUCCAACCCCCAAAGCGGGUAGACCUGCAGCCCACAGGAGCCUCCGCGUCACCUGUGCUGCCCUGGUCGUGCUGGUUACGGUCCUCGUGUCUUCUCUCGUUGCGGUGACUGUCCUGUAUCUCCAGAGCCAGAGAUGCCCACGGGACGGCGAGAGCCACAGGAGAGCGGUGAACAUCAGUACCCUGAAGUCGGAGGUGGAAAUGCUACAAGGCUACUUGAAGAGCACCAAUACCGCCCUCGAAACACUCAAAAUGCAGCACAGAAACUUCGUGAAGAAAAUUUCCCAAAACUGGAGGUUCCACGGUGGGAAGCUCUAUUUCUUCUCCAAGGACAAGAAGACCUGGGUUGAGGCUGAGCGGUUCUGUGUGUCGGAGGAUUCGCACCUGGCGUCGGUGGCCUCGGUGGAAGAACAGACCUUCCUUUACAGCACAGCCAAUGGAGUCUAUCACUGGAUCGGACUCAGUGACCAGGACGCCGAAGGCCAGUGGCGCUGGACAGAUGGAACCGUCUACAGGGACUCUGAGAAUCAAAGGUUUUGGAGGAAAGGUGAACCCAAUAACCUGGGGAAUGCCGAGAACUGCGUUCACAUAUGGGGGAAAGCAGAAAAAUCAUGGAAUGACGCCAGCUGCAACAGAAACUAUCCAUUCAUCUGCAAGUGGGUCCCAAAGCCGUCCGGACGGUGA